ACGUCCCAUCCGUCGGAAACACACAAUAGUCAAUCGUCCAUUUCUCUGCUAGAUCGAUUCUCUCUAGGAACAACAAUGGCGGUUUCUGCUCGUGAAGAGUUCGUUUACAUGGCUAAGCUAGCGGAGCAAGCGGAGAGGUACGAAGAGAUGGUAGAGUUUAUGGAGAAAGUCUCCGCCGCCGUCGAUGGCGAUGAACUCACCGUUGAAGAGCGAAAUCUUCUCUCCGUCGCUUAUAAGAACGUGAUUGGUGCUCGCCGUGCCUCGUGGCGUAUCAUCUCAUCGAUCGAGCAGAAAGAAGAGAGUCGUGGUAACGAUGACCACGUGACGGCGAUCCGUGAUUACAGGUCUAAGAUCGAGACGGAACUGUCCGGAAUCUGCGACGGAAUCCUCAAGUUGCUUGACUCUAGACUCAUCCCUGCCGCUGCUUCUGGUGAUUCCAAGGUCUUUUACCUGAAGAUGAAGGGAGAUUAUCACAGGUACUUGGCUGAGUUCAAGACUGGUCAAGAGAGGAAAGACGCCGCCGAACACACUCUCUCCGCCUACAAAUCUGCUCAGGAUAUCGCUAAUGCAGAUCUUGCUCCUACUCACCCAAUUCGUCUUGGUCUUGCAUUGAACUUCUCUGUGUUCUACUACGAGAUCCUCAAUUCUCCUGAUCGUGCUUGCAAUCUCGCCAAACAGGCCUUUGAUGAAGCGAUUGCAGAGUUGGAUACUCUUGGUGAAGAGUCAUACAAAGACAGUACCUUGAUCAUGCAGCUUCUUCGUGACAACCUCACUCUCUGGACAUCCGAUAUGCAGGAUGAUGCUGCGGAUGAGAUCAAGGAAGCAGCAGCGCCAAAACCGACCGAGGAACAGCAGUGAUCUUUUGAGUGAAACUGCUAGUUUUCUAGGCUUUGGAAUUUCUUCUCUUUCGUCCAUAUGUUUUCUUAAUCAUCUAAGAGGUCGCUCUUGCCAUUUCGCUUAUCUUCAAGCUUAUUCAUUCAUCAUAUUUGUGGCAAGUCCGAACCAUCUUUU